CAACUACCCACUACCCACUGGCUCCCUCACCUCGCAUCACUGCGUACCUGCUGCGACGCGGUCGCAUCCUCUCGCCCAGCAUGGCUCUCACCCCCGUCGACACCACCCUGCAAGUCCCGCCACCAGACCCCCCGAUGCCCGAACCCCCCAAAGUCGCCGUCACCCCGUGCAAUCCGUGGCCGGCCCCGUACUACUUCGAGGGAGGCUUGCGCCGCGUCAAGCCCUACCACUUCACCUACAACACCUAUUGCAAGGAGCGUUGGCGCGGUCGAGAGCUGGUCGACAUCUUCCUGUCCGAGUUUCGCGAUCGCCCGGCUGAAUACUACCGAAACGCCCUCGCCAGCGGCCACAUCACCGUCAAUGGCAAACCCGGCAGCCCCAACACCAUCGUGAAGAACGGGGAGAUCAUCUCGCACACGCUGCAUCGCCACGAACCCCCCGUCACCGGAAAGGAUAUCGGGAUCAUCCACGAAGACGACGACCUGAUCGUGAUCGACAAGCCCGCCGGCGUGCCCGUCCACUCCGCCGGCCGAUACUACUACAACUCGGUGCUGGAGAUCAUGCGCUCGAAGCGCGGCCAGGAAUGGGUCCCGCGGCCUUGCAACCGGCUGGACCGUCUGACCUCCGGCGUCAUGUUCCUGGGCAAACACCCCAAGGCCGCCGAGAUGAUGUGCGAGAAGCUCAAGGCCCGCACCCUCCAGAAAGAGUACGUCGCGCGCGUCAAGGGCCGGUUCCCCGACGGUGUCAUCGUCUGCGACCAGCCCAUCAUGUCCGUCAGUCCCAAGGUCGGCCUGAACCGCGUCCGCGCCACCGGCAAAGAGGCCAAGACGAAGUUCCGCAGGCUCGCGUACGUCCCUCCGCACUCGCCCGAGCCCGAGACCCAGACCGACGUCCCUGAGGGCGACCGCGUCGCGACCCCACCCCCGAUCUACUCCAACGAGGACGAGGGAUACAGCAUCAUCCACUGUCUGCCCUUGACCGGCCGCACGCAUCAAAUCCGCGUGCAUCUGCAGUUCCUCGGCCAUCCGAUCUCCAACGACCCCAUCUACUCCAACCGGAACGUCUUCGGGCCGGAACUCGGCAAGAACGACACCAGUGAGGAGCGCGACAAGGAGCUCAUCGACCGGUUGUCGAAUAUAGGGAAGACCGAAGUCCCCGACACCAUCAGCUACCGGACGCACCUCACCGCGGCGCCGCUGGUGCCGCCCGGCACGGACAACUCCGUCGUGGAGCAGAUCAUGUCGCGCGAGCACGAAGCCGCCGUGGACCGGUACCACAAGCGCAAGGGCGAGAUGCUGUCCGGCGAGAGAUGCGACGUCUGCGACACCGAACUCUACACCGACCCCCGCCCCGAGGACCUGGGCAUCUUCCUCCACGCCGCCGCGUAUUCCGACAAGGAGGAUGGCUGGAAGUACCGCAGUCAGAUGCCCACCUGGGCCAUCCCGCCCAGGGGCAUUGACGGGCCGCGCGAGAUGCCCGAUUGGGUGCCCGUGCCGGAGGCCGAGGAGAAUAUCAUUGGCUAUGGCACCGUGCCGGACCUGGAGGAUGGCGAGGAGCAGAAUAUCCCGGCCCUGGUGCAGGGCGUCGGACUAGUUGAUAUCUCGUCCGGCAGGAAGGCGGAUGCUGAGGCUGCGGCAGCGGUGGAGGGUGUUUAGUUGCCGUGCUGGUCGGAGUAGACGUGAUGAAGUUGAUGAUGACCUCAAGACAUGCCAUAGUUAGAUAUAUAGAUGUUGCUUUAUACCAUAGACAUGAGUUGUUUG